ACGUAAUCAUUAUUUAAGAACGUCAGCGACGCACGUUUAUUUUCUUCAGUAAAAACCCAAAUAUCAAAGCUGUGAGAGCAGCCACAUUUCUGCGUAUUCAUGGCAAAUGGGUGUAAAGAUAUGCUUUUUACUCGUGGAGCUGGACAAAGUGAUGAUUCUGACAUUUGGGAUGACACUGCACUGAUAAAGGCCUACGACAAAGCAGUUGCAUCAUUUAAGACUGCCCUGAAGGGUGAGGAGGACACGCCAAUCUCAAAGAAAGACAACCCUGGAAAGAAACGGAAAACCAACAAAAAGAACCGCAGCAGAAAGAGAAGUAAUGCUCCUUCCGAUAAAGAGUGGCGAGUCGGCGAGCCCUGCUGUGCCUACUGGUCUGAAGACGGCAAGCUUUACGCUGCCACUAUCUCCUCCAUAGACGAGAAGAGGGGUACCUGUAUAGUUUUGUUCACAGACUAUGGGAACGAGGAGGAGCAGAACCUCAGAGACCUUCUGACUGAGAGCUCCGAGGUAGAGGAGGAAGCCCCCAACAAGGUUAAAGAAGCAGAGUCUUCUACAAAGGAGGGCGAUAGGUCGUCCGCCCCACACCCUCACAGUCACGUGCCAUGCUCUAAACCCAAAUCCAAAUCCCCCAAAGGACCUCCAAUGUGGGGUCCAGGUUUCCCUGGCCUUCCCCCAGGUCCCCCUCCCAUGCCUGGCUUUAGAAUGGGAGACUCUAGACGACAUGGGCCCUCCGGGCCUGCCCCUCCAGGAUGGCCUCCCAUGAUGCCCUCUGGGCCACCGAUGAUCCCUCCCCCUCCCCCCAUGAGUCCAGAUGGAGAGGAUGAUGAGGCCUUGGGAAGUAUGCUGAUCGCCUGGUACAUGAGUGGGUACCACACCGGAUACUACCUGGGGUUAAAACAAGGCCGCAAAGAAGCUUCUGGAAAGAAGGCUCACCACAAGUGAAGAAGGGGACUUCCGUCCUUACCUGGUGUUUGUCUCCAUCCCAGAUGCAGAGGACUGGAGUGCUGUGAAUGAAUUGUAACAUGUGUGAAUGAACUCUUGUUUCAAAGCCUCCAAGUGUUUCAGGGUUAAGUUUUGUAUUCUUUGUAAAUAAACCAAAUAAAGGCUCUUAGCUCACAAUUUGCUGUUA